CACCAUGAGCACCAAAACAGAGCUUCCUAUCUGGACUCAGCAUGCGGGGGAGCACAAAAAUUGGAUUUCCCCCAACGCCAUGCGUCUCUUUUCGAGCAGGACAUUCGCGCCGGAGCACUUUGCGCCGGAGUUGUCGGGCCUUGCGUUAGCCCACGGGAACCCCGAGGCCGGCUGCGCGGAGAUGGGCGACGCGCCGCCCCACUGCGGCCCGCACAGACACCGGCGGGUGGCAGCCAACGCACGGGAGAGGAGGAGGAUGCACGGCCUCAACAAAGCCUUUGACGAGCUGAGGAGCGUCAUUCCGUCACUGGAGAACGAGAAAAAGCUGUCCAAGUACGACACCCUCCAAAUGGCGCAGAUUUACAUCACCGAGCUGUCUGAGCUCCUGGCCGGCGUGGUGCAGCAUCACCCGGCCUCCGCCGAGGACAAAACCUCCUGUAGGAGGAACUUGAUCCACAGUCACAUUCCGGAGCCGAACCGGCAAAGAGAACGGAGGGACUCUUCUUCUUCGCCCCUCAUCAUACUCGGGACUAAAAGUGAACUGCAUAAAAGUAUCUCCUGCCACUGCAGUGAUGGGGAAUCUUCUCAUCUCAGUGACGUAGAAGAGACUCAAAGUGGAGGGCAGCAUUAAAUCUGCACGCUGGAAGUACCACGAACAUGGCUUUUACAGCAUUAGACAAAAAGUUUACAUUGCAUAUUUCCUUUCAUA